CUCACAGAAAGGAGCAUGUUGUUCGUUUCAUGCUGUCGCCGCCAGAUGCCGCUGCGAUGAUCGUGAACGGCGCGCAGGCCGGAGAAGGUCUUAGCAAUCGUUACCGCGCAGAAACGAUGGAGACCGACGGCAUGGAAAGUCCAUCGCGCAUGCGCCUCGUACAGUUCGAAAAGAACGCCGACGAGCCAAUGGGAAUUACGUUGAAAGUAGACGAAAAGGAUCGCUGUGUUGUCGUGCGCAUUAUACACGGCGGGAUGGUUCAUAAACAAGGCAGCUUACAUGUCGGAGACGAAAUUAAAGAAAUCAACGGGAUAAGUGCCUCGAAGAAGACAACGGAAGAACUACAGAGACUGUUGAGAAAAGCGUGCGGCGUUGUCGGGCUAAAGGUUGUGCCGAGUUACAGAAGCGCCCCGCCGCCUUGUGAGAUAUUCGUGAGAGCCCAGUUCGACUACGACCCGGUGUCCGACGACCUUAUUCCGUGCACGCAGGCCGGUGUCUCAUUCAAGAUAGGCGACAUCCUCGAGGUCAUCAGCAAAGACGACCACAACUGGUGGCAGGCGAGAAAAUGGAUGCAGACGCAACUGUGCCCUGCAGGUCUCAUUCCAUCGCCCGAACUACAGGAGUGGCGAACGACGUACUAUAAUGUCGAGAGGGCCAAGCACGAGGCGCAGGAGGAAAUUCACGAUUCAACAUACUUGGAUUUGUUUUCAGGCGCUCACGGAGUUGGCAGACGGCACAUCAAGAACACGCUGAUAGCUAGCCACUCCGACAAAUACGCAUAUCCAGUUCCUCACACAACGCGUGAGCCGAGGAAGGGGGAGGUCAAUGGCAAGCACUAUCACUUCGUCUCGUACCAGCAGAUGAUCAACGAUAUUACCGCAAAUGAGUACUUAGAGUACGGUGCUCACGAAGAGGCGAUGUACGGAAUAAAGCUUGACACCAUUCGCCGAAUUCACAUGGACGGAAAGAUAGCGAUCCUAGAUGUGGAGCCUCAGGCUUUGAAGAUGCUGAGAACGGCGGAGUUCUCACCCUACGUCGUGUUCAUCGGGGCGCCAGAGCUAUCGCCGCCGGCCAGUGAGGACCGGAGUCUGCAACUUCUGGUUCAAGAAUCGGAGAUGCUAAACCAGACCUAUCGGCACUACUUCGACCUGACGAUCGUCAACAACGACAUGGAGGACACGCUGAAGAGUCUCGCCAGCUGUCUCGUGGAGAUCAACGCUUCGCCGCAGUGGGUGCCCGUCACGUGGAUUUACUGAGACGCGAUCGCGUACAGUGUCAUGUACUCGGUGCUCUCGCUGAAAUACCCGUACAAAAUUUCGCGCCAUUUCGGGUAUUUCGAAUCGCGCCCGCGCGCGCGGCCGCACUCUCAUCGCGGCCUUUGGCGGGAGAGUUCGACAGUGAAUAGACACUCCUACAGCCGUGAACGCAAGCGAGCGAGCGCGUGCGUCCUGUGCGGGACGAUGCGUUAGAGAGAACGGAGGAGUCGUAGCCGCGGUUGGCGCCGAAAACGCGUCUGCCUUGUUUACUUAUACUUGUCAUUCGCGGUGUGAGCGGGGCGAGAGGCGGUUCGUUAUUAGAGGUUAUGCGAGGCGUGGUGCGCAGCGCCUUGACGGGCAUCACGCAUGCGCGCUGCGACCACGAUCUUACUGGUUCGAUUACGUGCGCUCUAGAUUUUGAGCAGCCGGCUGUUUGGGGUGGUAGGAUAUGUUUACUAGGCACUUCUAAUUUUAACAUAUAUUUUAAAUUCAAUUAGGGUUAGAGUUA